AUGGUAGAAUUAGACUCAAUCCCAUCGUCCACCCUCUGCGAUGUCUGCGCCGGCAUCUUCAAAGGCAACUGGCGGCCCCAGCUCAGCGGCUGGAAAAGAGAAAUCAAGACUCCCGGCGCACCGCCAGACCCAUUGCACCCAGAACCAGCUUUCGGGACGGCAUACGACCACGGGAUGGAGCCGUACAUCAACCGCAACGCCGCCCCGCCGACGCUCUCGUAUCCGCACCACUCGGUCGAGGACCUGCGCAAGUCGGGCGCGUCGUGCGCGCUGUGCAAGACGGUGGUGCUGGCGUUUGAUGCGCUCCAUCCGCGGGACAACAGUCGUAUUGAUUACAUGGAAGGGCGGAAGCCGUAUGGCGUAGCGGCGUGGAGCGGGGAGGAGGUUGCAAAGGCGAAGGGCUAUGUGUUUAUAUAUACCGAGAAGGAUAAGACGAGCCGGCUUGUUUUUAGGUAUCAUGUGUAUGAGGACUGGGCGGCGAAUAGGAAUAUGGAUGUGAAUCCAAAGGUGGGAGAGCGGGAGGGGAAUGUGAAGGAUGUGACGCUGGAUAUGCAUAGUGACAAUGCAGAUCUGUCUAAUACGGAGAACAAGCAUUACAUAGAUUGGAUGGAUUUGGGCAGCACCUUGGAACGGGUCACCAAGUUCCUCGACGAGACGAGCGACUUUGCCAACAUCCUCCCAAAGAGUCUUGUGAGAGAGCUCCCGACAAGACUUCUUCACUUGACAAACGAUUCGCCUGAGCCAAUGGCGCGGCUGAUCGAUGGAGCCAACACAUCGCUAGACGUUAAUACCCCGUAUAUCGCCCUUUCUCAUAGCUGGGGCAACUCCAUGCCUAUUCAGCUAAUCGCCUCAAGGCUGUCCGAGUUUACCAAUGGGAUUGCGUUCAAGGACUUGCCCGCCACGUUUCGCGAGUCCGCGGAAUUGGCCCUGGAACUGGGUGUCAAAUACCUCUGGAUCGAUUCCCUAUGCAUCAUACAAGACUCUCCAUCCGACUGGCUCCAUGAAGCACAGCGUAUGGCUUCCGUAUAUGCCUUUUCUCAUCUCACAAUUGCAGCCUCGGCUUCCAAGAACCCCACGACGGGGCUAUCGCCGAGCCCUCGGCCUCGCACCGUCAUCGUCCGCCCGUCCUGGACGGGCUUCAUCCAGGAAUGGGGCUUACAGCCCGGCCAGACGCUCCGCAUCACCAACCCGUGGUAUGAAGAAUUCAAAAAUGCCAUUGUUUCGGCUCCUCUGAAUCGCCGUGGGUGGACGUAUCAGGAAUACGCGCUGGCUCCUCGUGUGCUGCACUGCACGGACGGCGAAUGGUGGUGGAAUGGCAUCACUGAUGGCAUUAAUCGUGAGACUUCCAACGAGCAGAUCAUGUGGUACAGUGGCCCUGGAAGUAUCAUCUGGCCAGAUAAAGUUUCAUUUUUCAAUAAAGAGAGGCGGCGAUUGACCCACACCCCAGACAUCUAUGUCUGGGACUAUCUCACAUCCCAAUACAACCAACGCGCUCUUACGAAACGCAAAGACAAGCUUGUUGCGUUUGGAGCAGUGGCUCAGUUAUACGGCCAGGUAAACAACCUGCCUGUGGAUAAACCUGGCGAAUAUGUCGCCGGUGCAUGGCGAAGCUACCUACCAUUUGGACUUCAUUGGAGUAUAGGGGAAAAUGCCGAACGCCACGUGAGCACGCCGGGGUCCGAAGAUGCAGCAUAUGUGAUUCCGUCAUGGUCGUGGGCGUCUAUAGACGGAUUGGUCCGUUAUCACGACGGCAAGUCGCUCAAGGAGACGCGAGAGGAGCAAGUCAAGGGCAUGCCGCGACUGGUGGACGCGAGCGUAGUAACAGAAGGCGGGCCGUUCGGUCCAGUCAAGAGCGGCUACAUCAUACUGCAUGGGCCAAUCUUUCGGGUUCGCGUAGCCAAGAAACUCAACGACCACAAGCAACAUGCAUUUUACCGCGACUUCAAGGUCCUGCGAAGCGACGGUUCGGAAGCGUGGGAGCAUAGAGGACAGGCCUUCUCGCUUGACUCGUGGAAAGGCAAGCUAGACGAAUGGGUUGACGACCGGGAGAUGUAUUUCAUGAUUGCCGAUUGUGAGGAAGAGGACAAAUAUGGGUCUGGAUUUGCCAUUUUGUUAGAACGUGCCAAAGACGUGGCAAAUGAGAAGGGGGUGUACCGGCGCAUUGGGUCAACUCUGUUUUAUUUUGAUGGUGUCCAGAAGCUUAUGAAUGCUGUGAGGGAAAAUGGUGCCGAGGCAUUAAGAGAUGGGGAAUACAUUGAUGUCGACCCCAAGACCGGCUUUUGCACAUACAAAAUCAUCUAA